AAAUAACCCAAGUCACAUCCAUUCCUCAGAAAUUCCCCAGAGAACCCCGAACUUUUAAAAAGAAGGGAAGAAGGGACACCACCGUCCCAUCCCGCCAGGGAGAGCUUCGCGUGCCCAUUACGCCGUCACUGCUUCCUUAUAGGGCGUCAAUCUGCUUGCCACUUGGGUGGUAUCGAAUAACGAACGGCAAAGCAUGAUAGGAUCGUGGGAAAACUGAGGUCAACCCAAAACCAAAACCCAAAAUCUGGCAACCUUCAUGUCGUCUAUUUUACAUCAAAGUUAACGCCCCAAGCUUCAAGUCCACCUCCAGACAUAACAAACAAAAGUCAAGUCACAAGUUUCAACUCGAAGUUCCUCUUCUGGUUUCUGGUCCAGUACCACAAACGCUGCAGCUAGCCAGCCAUUUGCGCGCAGGACGACGUGACUUCUUUUUGCAGACCAGACCUGAUCUACAAAGAACUCCCUCGAUCGCCCAUUCUUCAUGCGCACAUCAUUCAGAAAAUCGUGACUCUCCCGGAGCAGAUCCCAGAGUCAAUCGGACCGGCAACAUCAUCACCCUGUCGGUGGCCUUUGUUUCUGCUUCCAGAUUGACAAGCCGUUAGAUCAAGGGCCAUCAGCCGUAUUUCCAGUCGCCUCUCGGCUACGAAUUCGACUACUGGCUACUCUCGGCAACCGGUGGCCAUGUGGGACAGGUUCAAGGGCGCCGUGCCUCAAAAGCUCGGCGGUCGAUCCCAACAGCAGCAAAAACAACGCCCGCAACUCGACAAGAAUGCAUAUGCUGCCGCAAAUGGCUACAGCUACUCGGUCCAGGGAGGAGCGCCGCCGCCUCGCCCACCACGAGAAUUCGAGCAGCCGUUACACUUUUACGACAACACUGAAUCCGUCAUAGAACAAGUGCCCAGCCAAGGCCAACAUCGCAACUACGCAUAUCGAAACUCGGGCGGCUCUAACCGUCGUCCCGCGUCAUCUAUAUACUCACAACCGAGUCCUAUCCACACCAGCUUCGCCCCAGCAUCGACCGCGCCGCCAAGGAGAAGUUACACUUUUAACGACGGAGACGAAAUCUCUCCUCCUUCGUCACCAGAGGAGAUUACUCCAAGGUAUGGGGCCGUCCCUGUACCUGACAUAAGCCCAAUCGACGAAGACGACGAAGUAUACAACAGCAAAAUGUCUCAGCAACCAAGUUUUGCUCAGUCCAUGAGAGGGAAUAUAUCCUCAUUACGUCGCGAGCGUCGCCAAAAGAUGGACGCUGCCAAUUCACAACUCCGCGAGUCGAAAUCUCGUGACAAAAUGCGAUUGCCUCAACCCAAAUCGACCGAGCCAUCAAAACGCGGCUACCACGGCGGCGAAGUUAGAUGGGAUCCCGCUACCGGAGAACUGACUUCCAGCGAGAAGGGAAGACCAAGCCAGGUAAAACCGGCCGAGUAUGCAAAAGAAUUUGGCGACAGCCCGCCGCGAGCGACUGCUUCGGCCGCUCCAGCCAUCAGCACAUCCACCCCCUUUGGUGAGCGGGUGAGAAGGAUCGCGCCACCAGGUUUCGCCACGGGUGGUGCUGAGAAGACACUGCGUUCUCCCGCUGCCCAAACACCGCCGAGGCGAACUCCGUCUCCCAUGUCUUCGCCUACGGCGUUCGACCCCGCCGCGAGAGCAUUUGCAGCGGCAGAUCGCCCCGAGUGGAAAGGUGGUAGUGGACGUUCAGCAAUCGUGAAGCCUGUGCACGACACGCCAGACGUGGCCCCGCUGAAGGUCCCCCGAAAGAACGCCAAAAGGAGUUUGGCGAGUCCUGGUGCCACAUCUUCGCCCGUUGCGGCUGAGCCGAGUAACGUCAUGGCCAGCCCCCCUGCUAGUCCAGCUGCCCCUGAAACGCUACAAUCCCCGCGCGAAACUACACGUCAAAUUGAACCCUCGUCGCACCCUCCUCCGCCAGAAGAACAGGAGCAUGAAGAGUUGAACAUCUCCUCAGCGAAUUAUCCAAGUCCUCCCCAGUCGGAUGGUGAACCCAAAGCACCCGAAGAUACGGCAGCCACAUCGCCGAACCCAAUGUAUCCUCUCAGUCCAGACUCGACAACUCCGACAUCGGCGGUUCGAAGAAAACCUACGCCGUCACAGCUGUCGCUGCAUCAGCAGCCAAACAGCCAUAGCUCGAGAUAUUCCCAGAGCGACCCCUUCAACUACUCAACAUACCCCGCCACAAAUAUAACCCCCAACGGAAAGUCGAGUACAUUCAAGGCGGGCACGCCUGACGAGUGGGCUUAUCUGUCGCCCAAGUCUCCAGAAACCGCCUACAACGCGGUAGGGGCACCGCAAACUCCGGGUGACGACUAUGGACAGAAUGACAGUCCGUCGAGGGACGGUGGUGUCAUGGGCCGCACGAGGCCCAAGCUCCGCGACGGUGGCAGCGGAAGCACAACUCCUUCGAGCGAUGAAGAGCCCAUCAAGAUCAGCCUCGGCGGUGGCCAGUGGGCGAACCGAGAGCGCAAGCCCCUGGGGAUGGCUGCAGUGAGCCCCAAGUCACCAAGCGGUCAUGAUGGCGGCCAUGUGCGACGGAACUCGAUGGCAGGGUCUAUCCACAAGACCCUGCCCCCGGCACCUCCCGAGACGACGGCCAAGGACCGCGUCGAUCAACUCAACGCCCAGCUCCGAGGCCUCGCGAACCGGCGCCUCAACCUGACGCGAUGCAUCAAGCAGAUGACAGAGCUCAUGCCGACGGACAACAUAAUGGCGUCGGCCGAUGUUUUGCACAAGCGCGAGGUCGAAAGGAAAAAGGUCGAGGCCCUUAAGAUGGAACUCGCCGAGGUGCAGCGCGAGGAGUACGAUUUGGGCAUCAAGCUUCACCGUGCUUACAAGCGCAUCGACAGGACCGGCGAGUAUGAGCCUACGACCCUGUGGGUGAGACGGGUGACUGGAUACUAGAAUGCUUUGAUGGGCGUUAUUUUCGAGCCAGCUGUUUGAAGCUUUUGGGCGUUGGGAUAGACUAUGUUUGAUUGGAGACGAUGAGCAACCCAGUUACGUUCCCCUUUUUAUUUUUUUCCGGACUGGAUUUUCUAAAGUUAUUCUCUGAUUUAGCGGUUUUUUUUUUCUUAAUCUUAUUUCCACCAUUGGGCAUAUUGGUACAAUAUGCACUUAUCAUUGGGGAUUGUCAAUGUGUAACUAUUUUGGUAUUUCUUCUGCUUGAAGCCUAGAAGACAGAUAUAUUCCCCCCACACAAUAUUCAGACCAAGACUAGAUUGUACCAUGG